AGCUCACGAUUUCCUGAGUCAUUGCUCAUAUUCGUUCUAACGAUAAAACCAAACAACUUCUGAGCAUCACUCGACUAAUAAUUACUACUCUAAACCAUUCCUGGACAUUAAAGCAUAUUUAGCAAUGGAGGGUUCUGUAUCAAAUGUGGAGGUCUGUAAUUUGGCGUACACUGGACAGUUUGAAAAACUAAAAGAGUGCAUUCUGUUAGAUAAAUCGCUUGCCUGCAAAAUAGACCAGGACCGUAGGACCGCCCUGCACUGGGCUUGUUCUGCUGGACACACCAACAUUGUGGAGUUUCUGCUUUAUCUCGGUGUUGAAGUCAAUCUGCAAGAUGAUGCUUUGUGGACGCCUCUUCACAUUGCAGCAUCUGCAGGCAGAGAAGAUAUUGUGCAGUCUCUAAUAUCCAAGGGAGCUCAGUUGAACUCCAUCAAUCAAAACGGAUGCACCCCUCUGCACUACGCCGCCUCGAAAGACAGAUAUGAGAUCGCUCUGCAGCUGUUGGAGAAAGGAGCAGACCCCAACGUCAAAGACAAGUAUGAGUCCACGCCCCUUCACAGAGCGUCUUCCAAGGGCAACCUCCGCCUCAUCCAACUGCUUCUGAAGCAGAGUGCCUCGACCAACAUCCAGGACUCGCAGGGCAACACACCUCUCCACCUGGCGUGCGAUGAGGAUCGCGUGGAGGCAGCCAAGGUGCUGGUGGAACACGGGGCCAGCAUCUACAUUGAAAACAAGGAGGAGAAGACCCCCCUUCAGCUAACCAAGGGCGGACUGGGCAACGUACUCCGACGGAUUGUUGAGGGAUAAUUUCUUUACCUUUCCUGGGCUCAUGCUCCAGCUCGAGUGCCCGCCAUUGCAAGUUCCAUCAUGAGAGUUGUCAUCCCAGUCAGUCCUCCCUGAGCGGCCUGGUGUGACCCCCUUCACAGGUGGAAGAUGAGAUAGGGUCAGGGGGAAAAGUUGGAAUGUACUGUCUCGUUAUCAGCUCCUCAGAUGAGGGUUGUGAAACUGCUCAGACUUUAGGCUUCUCAUGAAAAAACACUCUUUAGGGCACUUAGUCUAAUCUGUUCCACUCUGCAGCCUAAUUUCGCAUUGAUCUCUGACUUUUUACGUUGUGAAUUGUUGCAAAAAUGCCCUAAUAAAAUCCACUUAUCAGACAGUUUAA